AUGGCGUCAGGACAACGGGAGGCGGAGAGAGCAGCGAAGUCCGAGAGAGCCGAAGACUUGGCGAGGCUCGCGGCUGACGAUUUGAGAGAUGUUAACAAAGAAGGCGGUGUGACGUAUAAGGUGACGGAGAAGACAACAACGACGGAGCAUCCUCUAGCGGAGGAAGAGACCGAGAGGCCUGGGCUAUUAGGCUCGGUAAUGAAGGCGGUGCAAGGGACGAAAGAUGCGGUGAUCGGUAAAAGCCACGACGCGGCCGAGUCAACAAGAAACGAAGCCGAGGUUGCUUCGGAGAAGGCCGCGGAGAUGAAAGACCGUACUGCCGAUAAGACCAAGGAAACCGCGGAUUACUCGGCGGACAAGGCUAGAGAAGCUAAAGACAAGACCAAGGAAACCGCAGAUUACACGGCGGAUAAAGCGAGAGAAGCUAAAGACAAGACGGCCGGGAAAAUGGGCGAUUAUAAAGACUACACGGCGGAGAAAGCGGGGGAGGCCAAAGAUAAGAUGGGUGAGUACAAAGACUACACGGUGGAUAAGGCGACGGAGGCCAAAGAUAAGACCGCGGAGAAGUUAGGUGAAUAUAAAGACUACACGGCGGAUAAGGCGAAAGAAGCAAAGGAUACAACAACGGAGAAAGCAAAGGAAACUGCUGAUUACACGGCGGAUAAGGCGAGAGAAGCCAAAGAUAAGACGGCGGAGAAAAUGGGCGAAUAUAAAGAUUACACAGCGGAGAAGGCGACUGAAGGGAAAGACGCAAGUGUGAGUAAGAUCGGUGAACUGAAGGAUAGUGCAGUGGACACGGCGAAGAGAGCAAUGGGUUUCUUGUCUGGCAAGACAGAAGAAACCAAACAGAAAGCCGUAGAGACCAAAGACACGGCCAAGGAAAAAAUGGACGAGGCUGGAGAAGAAGCAAGACGAAAAAUGGAAGAAAUGAGACUUGAGGGCAAAGAGCUUAAAGACGACGCUGGCCAAAUGGGUCACGACAAGACCGAAUCCGCCACCGAUAAAGCUCGCGAGGUUAAAGAUUCCACCACCGAGAGAGGUGAAGAAGGGAAGGGGAUAAUUGGUGCGUUGGGGAACAUGACUGGAGCGAUAAAGAGCAGGUUCACUGGUACUACGACGCCGUCUGAUGAAGAGACACGUGCGGUGGCGCGUGGAGACGAAGGCUCCGGGAAGACGACUGUGACGGUGGACGUGAAAGAUACUAGGCCUGGACAGGUGGCUACGUCGCUGAAAACGUCGGAUCAGAUGACUGGUCAAGCUUUCAACGACGUCGGAGAGAUGGAUGAAGAGGUAGGGAAGGGGAAGGGGUGA